AGGGGCAUUUCUCAUGUGGUUAAAUUCACACAAUGAGCUACAUAAAGGUGCAUCCGAAACGAUUUAUUUCUGCAUGGUCCGUUAAACUAUAUUGUGAAGUAUUGCUGAUUGAUAAAAACAGGCCAACAGUAGAUUACACAGCAGAUGAAACGGUGUAUUUGUGUAUUAGAAACAUUGUGUAUCAAUAAUGUUAUAAGAUACAAUGAUAUCAAAUAACAUUUCUGUGUAUAAGUUGAAGUCAUCUAAAAGCUAUAGGGACGUUCCAGAAACAGAAGGCCUAAAUUCAGAUGAAAGUGGAGAUCAUGAGGUGCUGAACAGGUAUUCAAACUAUACCAGGGACAGAGGCUAUAGGAGCACUGGUACUAGCAGACCACGCACUAGAUCUACAGAAUUUAGAUCUGCUAGAUUGCCUGUUAAUAACAGAUCCGGAUUUCGGGGUCGCCGGGGAGAUGUCUCAAGACGAAAUGAUAGAGAUUAUUCUGACAAUUACUACAGUGGCCGAAAAUAUGAAAACACUCGGCAUGAUGCCUCUGGAGGGUUUCGUGGCAAGUUUUACGAGCCUGAAAAGAAGUCUGACAUCAAGCUCAACCUUCCAGAGGAUACAAGAAUAUCCAAACUCUUGAGAAGACUUAACACCGAAGUGAACCCGGAUAACUCCUUACAGAUAUCUAAGAAACUAUUAGAGGUCUUGUUAUUACCAGACAAUGCAGCAUAUGUAAGAAAAGCAUUUCAUAUAUUAGGAGAAUCGAUGUACGAUAUUCUCCAAGUAUCUCCUGGGCUAUUAGCCAAACAACAAUCUGCAAGGGCUUUAGGUAGAAUGGGCUAUAUAAUGGGACAAGAGGGGGACUUCGAACGGUAUCAUACAUGGCUUUUCACGAAAAUUAAUAACAGUCAUGAAGAGAUGCAAAUUUUGUUAAUGUCAACGUUAAAGGAAACAUUCAAGAUGGAAUUGAAAAAACCGGUUCUCCAAGACCAUAUAGAAACGUUGAUAAACAAUCUUGUAAGCUCCAUUGAAGUGACAGAGAAUGCAGAGAUUUUUAAAGGAAUUUUAGAAAUACUUGUCACUGUAGUGAACAUGUAUCCAGAUGAUUUUUAUGAUCAGUUUCGUGACACCAUUGACUUGCUGUUCGGCUGGCACGUCGAUCACAGCCAACCACUAUCCAACACAGAAUUUAUUUCACGAAAUAUGCAGAAACUCUCGCAUCACUUUAAAUGCAACCUAGACUUUUCAGUACAAUUGAUAGAUAAUUUUUUGGAAGAUAUAUCAAAUUACAAUGCUGAAUUAUCUUUGGAUGAUAAUCUUGACCAUGUGACCGUCCUGAUUUUAGCCCUAAAUACUGUUUUAAAAUGCCUAGACACGAAUUUGCAUCCAACGAAUAACAAAUCCGUGACAGUCGAUUUUAUUGUUUCAUGUUUAGGAACGAUUAUAAAAACGGUUACGGAUGCGCUGGAAUCUUUUCUACCAGAGAAUCUUGUAAUAGCUGGAAAUGACUGCAUAUGCCAAUUGCUACCUAACCUGGACACAAAAUCCCAAGCUUUGAGCAACUCCGUUUAUACUUUGUUGGAUUUGGAGUUAGCGCUUAUUAAUGAUUUUCAAGACAAUACUACUGUUUCAAUGUUGCUGUUCAUUGCCAAAAUCAUAAGGGAAUUGUCCGCUAAUCUGCCUAUAGAACUGAUUGAAAAGCUAAUUGGCCCAACCAGCAAUAUUGUCAAGCUGCGUUCAUGUCCUUACACCAAUAUACAGAGCGCAGUGAUUUGCGUUUACCAGGCGUUGCUGAAUUUGAAAAAUGUAUCACUGCUUCAAGAAGCCUAUAGAUAUGUGUUAGGAGAUUUGGAACGAUUUUACACACAGAUAGUACCUAAAUAUGAACCAAUUAUAAAAAAUAAUCCCUUUUUAAAUGAGAAGACCGGCCCAAAUACUUUGGAAAAAGCAGAUGAUGCCGUCAUGUUCCUGUUGAGAUGUUUAUCCCAGCUAGCAAACGCAAGUUCUAUAAUAGUUAUGUGGGCAUUGAAGCCCAGCAUUUUAGAACUUGUCGGUGUAAAUUUAUUGCCAUAUGACGUAGUGUUAGCAAAAAAAUCGCCGUGUGUUCAAUACAGCUUGCUAUAUCUGUUAUUUUCCCACUGCAAGUGUUACAAUCAUUUUGUAUCGAACAGCAACUUGGUCACUAGCAAGCAAGAUAUUAACCGAUUUGCUUUGACUGAAGGACUGAGUAUAAAUGACGUGCCGAAUACUUCACCUAAUUCUGGUAAUUUUGCAAUCAUUUUGGACAUCCUGCAUAAAUGUCUUCAAAUUGAAACAUACACGGAAGUAACCUUGCUUCUGCUACAAUGGCUGAAUGAUAUUCUGAUUAAUUCUGAAUGCUACUUGGAAGCGUUUUAUUUGCAAGAUAAAUUUUCCGCCAUUACUGAGGUCUUGGUGAAAUGCGGAUACCAUUUUAAUGUACAAGUCAUUGAUGCAGUUUGUCAAAAUCUUGAAAAACUCCUCAGCAAUAAGCAACUGGCUUGGAGUAACGUUUUCUUGACCAGCGUCAGCGAUUUGUGCAAAUUGCACAUGACUUCAAAUAAUCCAAACCUGUGUAAUCGAUAUUCCAAACUAUCAGCAAACAUUCCAUGGGACAUAGCUAUCGUCGAGUUCAACAAAGUAAAUGUGAUUAACACCUCAAGUCAAAAGUCUUGCAAUUCGAAAGAUUUUAACAGUUUCAUGAUUUACAUGGCGCAAAAUUUGCAUUUGAAUGGAUCAGUGGUCGGAGAAAUGUAUCCAGAACAAUUCAAAAAGUUUAUGAAUUAUUUGUUAAAGAAAAACAACACUAGCGCUGAGCUUCUCGAAGAAAUUUUCACAACCUGUUGGGCACAAGAUUGUGAGUCUCAGAUGAAUAUGGAGUUGUUUUACGACUUGACGGUCAAUUCAAGGCAGGUGUUGACCAACUGGUGCACUUUAGAAGCUGCUCAAUUUUGUGUAAACUACAAAUUGCGCACCCCUUUAGGCAAACCGAAUGAGACCUUUACAAAAAUUGAAUAUGCGCUAAACCAGCUGGGAAAUGAUCUAGUUAUGAUGAAGAAAACUACAGAUAGAUUAAACGAGACAAACAUCAAUCGAGUUCGAUUACUUUUGCAGUUCGUUGAACAUUUGGAAAAAUCUAUUUUCAACGCAUCGGAAGGUUGUGCGGUAGCUAUGCCCCAACCAAGCAAAACUGUUAAAUCAUUUUUCAUUGCAAACAUGAAUACUUGCAAUGAAUGGCUAUUGAGAAUCCGGAUGGUAGUCAUGCAUAUAGCUCUUCAUUGUGGAGAAAGUAGUAUUGCCCUUAAACACGGUCAAUAUAUGUUAAAGGAUCUGCUCAGUAAGGGAAAAGCUAAUUCACAAGAGUUUGAAAGAGUUGCUAUGUUUGUCACUCUAGCCCUUUUAAACCUGAAAGAGCCAGAGGCUUUGUAUGGUUUUUACACUUGGUGUAAACUGCAUACAGGUAAAAGAUAUACUUGGAUCAAGUUUACUGCCGACCAAGCUUCCAAAAGAUAUGAAAUAGCUGUUGAAGGUUACAAGAAAAUCUUACAAGAAAGUCAAACGGAGAAAGAAGACAAGAAAUUAGAUCAAGAUGUUUGCAAUUUCAUGCAGGACCAAAUUGUCGUGUGUUACAAGGAAUUGAACAACUGGAUAGAUUUGUUUCAAUGGCACUCAAAUGAUAAGGAAACUACCGAUGACAAUGGUAAGAAAUACUGGUUCCACACCACAGAUUGGGAAUGCAACAAGUGUCUUUUUAAUUUGGAAGUGGAUUAUCACAGCAUAAAUUCUCUCGGCACUUGGAAAAUAAAAGACGAAGAGUCCACUUGGAGUAUUUAUGAAAAUUACACAACCACUGAAACAAACCUGUAUAAUUAUGCCUUGAAACUGGCAACUGCUGGGGAAACUUUCGAUGUGAAUAAAAUUGACAAUAGUUUAAGUGUUAUCCAGAAGAAUAUUCAAACACUGUUGCCGAUAGCACCAUCUGAAUUUCUGCAAAACUAUUCAUUGCUCCAGUAUGUUGCAGUAGGUCUGAAACAUGUUGCUGCAGGCUUUCCGGCUCAUACAGUAUUCUUAGUGUCUGAACACUUUGAGAAUGAAAUUGAAAAGGUUGAUACGUCGGUGCUCAAAAAGAUUCUAUGGUGGUCUGAAUAUUUCAGUAAAGUGCAGAACCAAGGUUUUAACAUAUUUUCCAGCAACUUAAGGCUAGACAUUAUCAAGCGAGCUAGAAAGGAGAAGAAUUUGACGCUGGCUUCGCGACAACUGAUGAAGUUUUUCAAAGACAAAGGAUUCACAUUUUCAAGCGAUUAUUUAAAUCUAAUCACACAUAACGAGUUUCUGGAGAAAUUCGCCGAUUUUUCGAUAUACACAUUAGAUGUCGCCAGAGCAAUGCCCGAAUUGAUUAAAAUCUCAUACCACAGUGAGGAUACUCGUCCGAUUGCCUUAAACUUAUGCGCCUCGGUUUCAACCGCCAUUUCAAAAUACGCAGAACAUUAUGGCAGCAUAGAACAUCGGAAAAUCAGCAGCAAAAUCUUGCUGAAACUGGCUGGUUGGAUGCAGUCUAACGAAAGUAUUAACAUAACGGAAAUUAACAGUCCGUUGGGCAAGUUAAUUAUGGUUUUGCCCGAAAUCGGCACAAUAGAAUCGACCGCUUCAAACAUAAUUCCACUGAAUGAGAUGGCCAUUGGUAAACUUUUCCAGUUUGGCGCUCACCAGUGCCAGAGUAUUGCAAAAAGCUGGAAUGCAUUUGGAACAUGGUGUUACAAAUGGGGUAAAAAGAUUGUAGAUCACAGUUCCAAUAUCAAGAACAAUUUAUCAGAAGAACAUUGCUUGGAAAUAAAAGCCCUGUUACCUUUUGAAACACCCGAGAAUGAUCUGAAUCAAAUAUUUAUGAUUUUAUCUCAGACUCGAUCAGUAAUUAUUGGCGAAGAGGACAUUGACUCCAAUGAAAUUAAUACAACAGAUAUGAUUCAGGCACAGCUGCAAAACGUGGGCGUUUUGGAAAAUGCUACUGAAGAACAAUUGAAAAACUUAGUGCAAAUUUGGAAGAAUACACAACAGAACAUUUAUAACUAUUAUGCCUUGAGUGCCGAAGCGUACUUCAAGUACCUGCACUUAGUGAAGAAUUCCGAAAACGUUUCGAGGAGUAGCGAGUGCACGACUAUCACCAUAACCCUCCGACUCCUACGAUUGAUCGUUAAGUACGCUUUGGAGCUACAAAACAUUUUAGAAGAAGGCUUACAAGCUACUCCAACUGAACCUUGGAAAGUUAUCAUUCCUCAGUUAUUUUCAAGGCUCAAUCAUCCUGAAAGCUACGUCAGACACCGAGUAUCCGAUUUAUUAUGCCGUGUCGCCGAAGAUGCUCCGCAAUUAAUUACGUUUCCAGCAGUUGUUGGCGCUUUGGAAGGAGGUCUCAAGUUUGACUUCAGUGAAAUUAAGCUUCCAAAGGACUGCUUAUCACAAAAUAACGACGAAAAUGAAGAAACCGAUCUCGAUAACGAUGAGGAUAAUUUCGACAGUGAAAACGAAGGAUGGACCAACAACACUCUUCAGAUUUGCUUUAAAACUAUGGUGGAUACACUAAGUAAGCAAGAUCCCGAAACGAUUACCCAAGUUCAAACUUUGGUUAAGGAACUGAGAAGGAUUACAUUGCUUUGGGACGAAUUAUGGCUUGGGACGUUAGCACAACAUCAGUCCGAGAUUAUUAAGAGGCAACAUCAGUUGGAAUAUGAGAUUGAGAAGGUGAAUGAAAAUGCAAAUUUGUCGAAAGAAGAAAAAACCACUCUUAUGAUGGAAAAGCAUCGAAUCAUCACAAAACCUGUAAUAUUUGUUCUACAACAAUUGAACGAUGUUACCAGUGUCGAACCGGAAACGCCACAUGAAAGGCAUUUCCAGGAAAAAUAUAUGGAAGACAUCAAAACGGUUAUAGAAAAACUAACCAAUCCGGAAAAUCCUGAAAAGCCUCAAGAUUCUCUAGCCCCAUUAAAGCAGUUGCAGAAGAAGUUCCAGCAAAAGUUCCAUAAGAGAGCGUCCUAUUCCUUGAAAAUGCAGGAUAUAUCGCCCGUGUUGCAUUCGAUCAAAAAUACCUUAAUUGCUAUGCCCGGUUUGGCUACGACUGCCAAGAAUAGCACCACUAUUUCACAUGUUAGCAACAUAGUUUCCAUCUUACCAACAAAAACGAAGCCGAAAAAAUUGGUUUUCUAUGGAUCCGACGGACAAACGUAUACAUACUUAUUCAAGGGUCUUGAAGAUUUGCAUUUGGACGAGCGAAUAAUGCAAUUUUUGAGCAUCGCAAAUACUAUGAUGGCCCAAAAUGCUGAUCCGGCUGGCCAUAAUUUAUAUAGAGCUCGCCACUACUCGGUUAUUCCGCUAGGUCCCAGAUCGGGUCUAAUAUCCUGGGUCGAUGGCACUACACCUGUUUUCGCAUUAUACAAAAGAUGGCAACAACGGGAAAUGUCUAAACCUACUGCAAAAAGUACUGUUACAGUGCCCAGACCAUCUGAGCUGUUCUACAAUAAACUAGUGGAACAUGGUGUGAAAAAUAUAGAUAACAGAAAGGAGUGGCCAUUGAGUGUUCUCAAAGAAGUGUUGAGCGAACUCAUGGCCGAAACUCCCAGCGAUCUGAUCUCUAAGGAGUUGUGGUGUAAUUCAAUUUCAGCAAACGCCUGGUGGCAGGUUGUGAAGAGAUAUUGCUACAGCGUUGCAGUGAUGAGCAUUAUUGGUUAUAUAAUCGGGUUGGGAGACAGGCACUUGGAUAACAUGUUGAUAGAUCUCUCAACUGGAGACGUCGUGCAUAUAGACUAUAAUGUUUGCUUCGAAAAGGGCAAAACGUUGCGAGUUCCGGAAAAAGUGCCUUUUAGAUUGACACCCAACAUUAAUGACGCAUUGGGAGUUACCGGAGUCGAGGGUAUUUUCCGUUUGGCAUGUGAAAACGUAUUGAAAACCAUGCGUAAAGGUCGCGAAACCCUUUUAACGUUGUUAGAGGCCUUUGUGUAUGAUCCAUUAAUAGAUUGGACAGUCGGGGGUGAGGUUUUGGCAGGAACUACUUUCGGAGGAGUAACAAAAGCAGGUGAAGCCGGCAAACGACAAACGAAAAAGGAAUUGGAAAGAGAAGUGACGAUAUCGAUGUUCGAAGUGAGAUGUAUGGAAAUGAAAGUCGAAUGGCUUGAAAACAAGGACGAAGUGUUAAAUGAAAUUCCCAAUGUAGUCGAGCAUUUGAAUACUUGUUCUGCUGUAACGAAAGACAUUGAAGAAAUUGAAGAUCAACUUCAAGAUCUCCAUCAGCAAUUAGCUCUUGUUAAGGAAGCAGAAGCCCAAGGGCCAAAGAAGCAUUCUCUGUACAAGUUACCGUCGCUUUACGAGGCGUAUGUGAAGAGCCAAGAGGCAUUGAAUAUUGCCAGAAAGGGGCUGUGUGACAUAAUAAAAGAUUGCCAAGCACAUAAUAAUACCUAUAAUCAGGUUUUGAUAUCGUAUGAAAACGAGCAAUUUUCGCAAUGGCUCCUCGAACUUCAGAUUAACAUUCCUGACGAUAACAUGCAUAUUUUUGAUUUAGUUAAAGAAUUUCUCCAUAACGCUGGCAAAAAUGAUGUGGUUACUCAGUGCGAAAAAUCUGAAUCAGAGGUGGGCCAGUUGUUCAAAAAAUUGAACAUACAUGCUCAAAAUUGCAUUCAGACAUUCCAGGACUAUUUCACUUUACUACUUCAGUGCCCAAAAUCGUAUCACGAGAAUCACAGAAUAAAUAUGUACAACAAAUGGGCGAAAUUUCUAUUGGAGAAUCAAAACACGAAGAGCUGCGACAUUGUCUUUGAAGAAAUUAAGGCGUUUUUGGAGUCCAAGACGCAAGACACUUCCCACAUUGUUAGCAUCGCUUAUACUCUUGAUACUUUCUACAAAGAAAACUUUAUUCAGGUGAAUAACUUAUUCGAAGAACUGAACAUUAUUCGAAACAGAGAUCCGCCGCACUCCGUCGAGGCGUCCUACAAUCAGGCGAAAAAGAAUAUGGAUUCGUUUCUGAACAAGGAGAAAGACUCUGACAAGGCUUUAAGAUUUGUAUUGGCUGGGGAGUUGCUGCUUUUGAAUAGAGUAUUUCUUACUUCCGAAAUUGCCGCGCAGAAAAGCGGAAAUUGGCUUAUAAAGUUGACCUCGCGAGAGGGAGAUUGGUUUUUAGAUGAUCUGCUUUUGAACAGUACGAAAGCAGUGGAAAUGGUCAAUCAUAUCCCUCUAAAAGCAGAUGAUGAUAGUCGAUUUAUUAAAAUACUCGACGGCAUUCGGACAGCAAAUGCAGUCUACAAAGGACUGUAUGAUCUGAAUCAUAAUUUCCAAACUAUUAUAUGUCCCGAAUCGAUAAAAAAAAUUCAGGCAGAUGAAGAAAGCGUUUUAACCAUGAUAUCUGAUUUAAAUCAAGUGAUUGCAGAAUCAGAACUGCCUAUUCAAGACAUGAUUAGCCAGCUGGAGAAACUGUUAACCUGUGUAUUGAUGCAUGUUGAUGUUCAUGCGACCUAUGACUACGUUCUAGAGAAAAUCGAAAUUACAAGAAACAAAUACUUAGCACUUAUUCCAAUACAAGCGGAAUCAUUAAGCCAGGGUAAAAUGCUUCUAAUGGGCUUUAAUGGGCUAUUUGAAAAGAUAGACCAAGAAAUCAAUAAUCUUACUUCAACAUUAGGGUCUUUAGACCUGCCCAGGUCCUGGAAGAAACUCGAUCACGUCAAAGAGGCGAAGACUAUCGCGCCUCAUAUUUUUAACGCACAAGUUAAAAAUAUUUUAGAGAAUAUAUUCUUCUUGAAAAGAAUCGUUGCGAUAUCUGAGUUCUUUUCUUUGGCCUUACAAUUAGCACAUGGGAUUAAUUGCAUUGUACCCGGAAGGAUUUACUCCGACGAAACGCUUACCAAACCCGUUAAGCAAUUUACGUCAGAGUUUAUAUCUAGGCAAUUAUUAGGAGUGACACCAGAGACAAUAACAUACGCCAUAUGUUUUAUUUUGCAACAACUAAAUCUUGAUGUAAUCCAUGAAAUUGAGCAAAAAGAUAUCGGCGCCGAAAGCAAAGUACCGAUAGAUGAAUUAUAUCACAAGUCCUACAAUUUGCUAUUGAAAGAUGGAGUUUUUACUAGUAAUUUGGUCUCACAAGUGUCAAGUCUGGAAAAUUCUCUGAAAGCAGCUUGGGAUAAAAUUCAAGAGCCAAAGAAAAUUGAGCAAAAAUUGACAGUAUAUAAAUCUAGCACGUUCAGAUUUCAAAACCAACUAGCAGUUCACAAUUUGAUGUUCGACGAAAUUCUUUGUGUUAAUAAUUUUCCUUCAGCUCGAGCCAAAUUUGUUCUCGAUAUGCAGAAUGAACUGGCACAUCUUCAGACAACAUACAAGCAGCUAAAAGAUGCGAAAGGACGACAACAGAAACUCAUUGAAAAGGCGUCUCAAAGGUUAAAUUGGGCUAAAGGUGCAAACCCCAACGUAAACGAAAUACUUUCUGCCUUUGAAACUGCUAUUACUUCGAGAGAUAGUCGGCUAAAUCUAGUACAGAAAAUUGCUUCGAACAUUCUACAAUCAUAUAAUGUAGUUUUGCAACAUGAGAUACUGAGAUCUACCACUGCGGACACAACACAGGAGUACGAUAAAAUAUUUUUGAAUUGUUACGAGAAAUGGAGAAUCACGUGUCAGUAUAAUGAAUCCAGAACCGAAAAUUUACUUCCCGCAGAAGAAAGCAUUCUCAACAUGCUCUCCUUGGAUCUGCUAAAUGAACCUCGUUGGCUCCACCAAGUUGCCUUGCACAUAGCGGAAGUAAUAAAUGUUUACCAAAAAAAAUUAGCCGAUAAAAAAGAGACUGUGUUCACCGAAACAGACAAUCUAGUAUCUGUAGUGAAUAACUUCAAGGCUAUCUACAAUAUACAGUCCCGGCUAAUGCAAGAUGUAAAGGGCCUGAUAAAAACGUUGACAAAAAUCGAUGACUAUAGCCAUUCCACUCAGUAUUUCAUUCAUGACUACAAAAAGUAUGCGGAGCAUUUUAACGCCAUGUUCAAUGCUUUCAAAGACCACCCAGUGAAUAAGGGAUUGAUAGAGGAAAUGCUACUUCAUUUGGAAUACAUCAAAAACAACACACCAUAUAUUUACGAAGGUCUAUUGAGUCUACAAGAGCUGAAGAGCGUGAGUCAUAGACCUCGCUUGAGGAGACAGAGCUAUAUUUUGGCAUCAGAUAAAAGCAAGAUGCAAGAGAGCAAAGUUCAGCAAAGAAAUGCGUACGCACUCAACGUUUGGCGAAGAGUAAAAAUGAAGUUGGAAGGAAGAGAUCCAGAUCCUGGGAGAAAAUGUACUCCCCAGGAACAGGUGGACUACGUAAUUUGCGAAGCCACCAGUAUGGACAAUCUAGCCCUUUUGUAUGAGGGCUGGACGCCGUGGGUGUGACAUGUGAAUUGCGAAGACGUGUCCCUAGGCUGACAGUCUGUACGGGGCUCGUGCUGGCUCUUACUCUUCGAAAUAAAUCAAAUCAGAAAGACGGAGAUGGUGCUGUUGUCACUUCAAGCGCAUCUACAGCAUUGGACCAUCUUCAAUAGACCGCGGGAGACGCGGUUCAGCAGUAGCAUUGGGUCGAGGUUGCAGUUUUGUGAGGCCUUUACCAAUCUGUUUGUCAUAGGGUGGUAGUAUUUAUAAAUUCCACCCAUUUUACAACUUGUACUUAUUAUUUGAUUGUCGUCGCAGUUGAUAUAACGCCGCUGGUUCAGCGGUUGUGUAUCAACUGCAUUCUAAUCAUCUAAAUUCCGCAAAUAUCAUCUCUGUGGGGGUGAGCAGAAACAUGUAGGUUUAUGCACGCAGUUACACUGCUUAUAUUUCAUAUUUUACGUGUCAGAGAGUUCACGUUAACCCUGGAAAGCAUGAACGCCCUGUGGAAGAAACGACAUGGUCGCAAAUGAGUUUGUGACAUUGAGAAAUCAUUUAGUUAAGGUGAGCCAGUUUACAUAUUUGAUUUAUCGUUAAUCUUCUUAUCAAUGUGUAGGUUGCUGCCCUACUAUAUGUAAUUGAUGUCUUCUAAUUGUCACUGUCUAGGAAUGUCUUACUUUAUAUGCAAAGUAUUAGGUAUAGGAAAUCUGUAAACCAUUCUACAACCUCAAUUUACAAACUUAAAUUAAUCCACUUUCGUUCAUUUUCAACCAUGUGGUACAUUUUGCUUGAACACCUGAUAAUUGAAUAAUAUUUCAUUCGUACAGUCAAUCCCAAAUCAUAGUUAAAAAUUAUUACUUGUAAACUAGCGAAUAUCUCCCUUCUUUAUUUAUCCAACGGCAUUUAAGUCAUUAUAUGCUCGUACAGUCUUUGUUCCUAUCUAAAUUUAAUAAAAAUUAAAAUUAAAAUAAAAAAAAUUGCUAAAAACAAUAUUAGGACCAUGCAAGCCUGGAAGACAUGUUCAAACAUCAUGAAUUACGCAGUUUUCCGUCAAACGCAAAUGCCAGGAGUUCUUGAGUUUAAAAUAUAAUCGGAAGUGAGUGCUUUUCACCCACUUUUCGUGUUGAGUCUGAACAUUUUCAGUCCGAAUAAGUUUAUAAAUUCAUUGAAUCAAAGAACUAGCAAUAAAUACGAUUCACGUAUCCUAAUAGACCGUUUCAACCAUAUUUAAACAAUUUUUACCGAUGUUUUUAGUUGUUAACAUCCCAUAAUACCCUAAAUUAUCACGAAAAUCGAACUGUUUCUAGUCUGAAUUUAAUCAUGUUAUAGAUGAUGUGCAUUAACUAAAUAAUUAAGAAUGAGAACUGGGUAUCAGCCGUAGAAGAGUUUUAAAUUAUGUUUAAUUAAUUAGCCAAGAAUUACUGAACAAUUUUUAGUAUAAAUUUACGUGUUCACAUGUGAGUCACAAAAAAACCUAUAAAAUCAUACAAUAUUGUAUCAUUAAUCAAUAAUCAUACAUAUUGAGACUUGAAAUUGUAAUGCUCAUGAUUUGAAAAGUUAGUAAAGUAAUUAAAUGUGCGCAAAUGGGAAAAACAAGUAUGCAAACUUCGAACAAAGAAUUAAACAGCAGUGAAUACUAUUUAAUUUAACAAAAAAUGAAAAUGAAUCAACAAUUAGGUGUGAAUUAAACUAUAAAAUAAUUCUGGAUACAUUGAUAAUUAUAAUUGCUCCUGGUUAAACAACUGCCGGAUGUUUUAAAUGUUACAUGGUACAGGUUUGUCGCAACUUAUUUUGGCCAGAUAAAAAUACAUGAAAUAUAAACGCGGUACAAACUGCAUAAAGAAUAUUCGACAGUUCCAUUUCCAUAAACCAUUUCUGAAAAGUGUUUUAAUUUGUAAAAAAAAUUCAAAUAGUUUUAUAGAGCAAGCUGCUUAUUUCCACAUGUAUGUUUAGGACGAUAAUUAUGAAGUACAUUAUUUGGAUUUUUUUAAAGUGAUUAAUAAAAAAUUAUACGAGACGUAGCUUUAUGAAAAAAAAACAUGUCAAUAUGUCUACACCCUAUUGUGACCAUUGGAAAGAUAAUACUUAAUUAUUAGCAAAAUGUAACAUGAAAAAUCCGAAUAAUGUUUUAGGUGUGUAGUGUUUCUGAUGGAACAAUAUUUAAUUGUUAUAAUACAAUUAGGAUUUUCUUUCAACUUAAUUAGUGUAAUUGUUCUUUUCUUCUGAAUGGAAAUUAGCAUUAUAUCAAGAAAACUAUUCUAUGUAUAGAAAAUAACACCCGUAGUUGCAAUAGCUACAUAGUUGAAAUGUUUGUUGUGCUAAUUGCCAUUCCAUGCAUUAUUUGAAUAGAAUAUUAUAUAAAAA